GUUUGUAUAUGUACAAAGAGUACAACUGGGCAUUGGAAGGAUACUACGGUCUUGGUGAGACAAUCGGGGGCCUGAAGACUCGUGAACUUGACCUGAAAGUUUGGAAAAAAGAGGGCAAGAUCUAAGUCUGCGGUGAGAUGAAUAUUGCAAUUAGGGCCACAUUUUGGGUGGUCACUUUCGGAGGCCUGGGCUACGGACUGUUGAAGGUGGUCAAACCUGAUGAUGAGCUCGUCAAAGAGUUAGAUCAGACUACUAAGCAUACAAGUGCAAGACAAACGGCCAGAGAUACAAUAUCUGUACUAAAAGAAGCUGCUGAUCAAAACUCAGAAUUGAAGAGACUGAGCAGGAGAGAUGCACAAAGAAUAGAAAAACUGCAAAAGGCCCAUAAGGCCAAGGAAGAAGUAGAUGCUUGCAAUGAAAAUGAGGAAUAUUUCUCAGGGGCUUUCAAGAUAAAAUCUGAAUACAUUGAACACUUACUUUCCACAGUUCCAACUCUAGAGAUACAUGUACUGCCAUCCCAUUUUGACAACAUCAAGCGGGAAGUCAAUGAAUUACAGAAAUAUGUAAUAACAUCUUCUUUCUUUUUGAAAGAAUUUAACAUGAGGAAGUAUCUUGGUAUUGUUCAGAAUUUACAAACAAAGUGCUACGAAUUGGAGGAUAGGUAUGUCCCUCGGAAGAAGUUUGGCUUCACUAGGAAGAAGUUGCCUAAAUCUGACAACCAGAAACAAGACUCGUUGGAUGAACAUGAUGGAGCUGGGAAGAAUGAUAGUAACAAAUGGGAUGAGAAGCUGUUUGGAUUUGAUUCAUUAGAAAACAAGGUGCUAGCAUUGGAUAAUGAUGAAUUAUUCCAGAGGGAUGUUGCUCUACGACAUCUCAAGAAUUGCACAGUAAGUCUCAAAGGUGUGAUGGGCACCCUGCAUUUAACGAACCUGGAGAAUUGUGUCGUUCUCUCUGGACCGGUCACUUCUUCUGUUUUCAUUGAGAAGUGUGACAACUGCAAAAUAGUUACGGCAUGUCAACAGCUCCGUAUGCAUACUUCUAACAAAUGUGACAUUUAUCUACAUGUCACUAGCAAAGGAAUUGUUGAAGAUUGCUCUGAGAUUAGAACUGCACCUUACAAUUUGUAUUACGAAGAUUUAGAUAAGCAUUUCAAUAUGUCAUCCUUAGACAGGAAUACCAAUAACUGGGACGGUUUAGAUGAUUUUAACUGGUUAGCACCUGACAUUCCAUCACCUAACUGGUCAAUUUUGGAUGUAAAUGAAAGGAUUGAUAACUGGAAUGACUGGUGGUCUAGAAUCCCCACAUAAAAUCCUCACAAGUAAUUCUGUCUAGAUAGAACACAAGCAUUGUAAUUGAUUAACUAUAUUUUGAUAAAUCAUUGGUUAUAUCUGUAAUAAUCACAGAAGUGACCUUGCCGCAAUAUAAUUUUUAAUCAAAUUAAUGCCGAAAAUAACAUAUUACUAAAUUAGUAGCUACUGUAACUUGCUUAGUUAAUAUAAAUUUUAGCAUUUAUAGAGCAGAAUAAAUAAAUUAUCAACAUUAGUAUUA